AUGACAAUCACGUGGCCUUGUAAAGAAAACUUGGAAAACUACGUUGUUUUAAGCCAUUUCGACCACCCUUCCUCUUUCCCCACUGAACAACUCCCUCUCACACCUCCCCUCCCUCUCCAAAAUCCACCACAAGUCUCCGCCGCCGCCCAAGACCAAGCUCUCGACGAAACCCCAGUCCUCGGGGCGGAGCCCGUAGAGUUCUCCAACACAAGACUGCUUGCCCAUAAUGUUCCUUGGCAUUGCACCCCGGAAGACAUCCGUACUGUGUUCGAGAAGUACGGCACCGUCGUUGACAUUGAGCUUGCCAUGUAUUACAAUGGGUUCGAGGAGGCUCGUACGGCUCUGGAUAAUCUCGAAUCGUCUGUAAGCAUAUCAGAGCUACUCCAGCAUCAAGUAACAAGGGAUUGAGCUGGAACUAUGGUAUACUGUACUUCUACUGUCACAUUUUAGUUUUUACUAGUUGUGGAGGUUGUGAAGGUUUCCUCAUCCACUGGGUUCGUUCCUCUUCUUGUACCGAUACUGUUUGGUUGUAGGAGAGUCCCAGAGUCGCAAAUUUUGAAAACAGGGGAAAGCAAGAGAGGAUUUAACAUGAAGUUUUAAGGAGAUGAGAAGAGAUAUAUGUUUGAAUGGAGUGAUAGGGUGGUGAAGACUAGAAGAUGUUUUAGGGAAAGGGAGAGGGAAGAAGUCAAUGGAGGUAGUGCUGCCACCGUUUUCUCAAUAUUUGAGAAUUAGAUCAUUUGUAUUCCCUUGAAUAAGUUUUCCAUAUGCCACUGAGUGAGUACUUCCCUUAGUAAUAUUGAAGGACCAAUCAUACAGAGUAUAGUUUAAAGGGUUAAGUGUCUCAUUUUGAAGUUCAAGAAUCAAUGUAACACUUGGGUUAACUAGUAAAUUUUUUCCAAGUUGAUAUGUUGGCCUUUUCACUUUGCAAAUAUGUUAGCUAAAGAAAGCAAAUGUUUUACAAAUUAAUUUUGUAUAUCUUCCAGUAUAUUUUGAGCAACUAAAUGUAUGAUGCUUGUGUGGCUUCCUUC